UAAUGUUUCUUGUGUAUGCUGUGCUACCAGGGUUCACUGGAUCAAUCACUACCAUUUCAAAGAAAUGGUGCUAUUGCAUUGCUUCUAGGUGCAUUUUACUUGCUCAGUAGAUAUGCUAUCCACUGUACCUGGGUCACAUCAGAGGCAUAUUCAUCUCCUUCAAUUGUCUUAGCUGCAAGGGGUGCCCACGGGAACCGGGUCAUUUUUGAUGAUUACCGUGAAGCUUACUUCUGGCUGAGGCAGAACACUCCUCCAGAUUCCAAGGUGAUGUCAUGGUGGGAUUAUGGCUAUCAAAUCACCGCCAUGGGGAACAGAACAGUAAUUGUUGACAAUAACACCUGGAAUAACACACAUAUUGCUACUGUCGGACGUGCAAUGUCAUCUUAUGAAGAUGAAGCAUAUAACAUAAUGAGAUCACUAGAUGUGGAUUAUGUGUUAGUGGUAUUCGGAGGUGUUACGGGCUAUUCUUCUGAUGAUAUUAACAAGUAAGGAUUUAAUUCUGUACUCUAUAA